GCGCACGAUAUCUUUACCUUAUCGGGUGUAGCGGUAUUGAAGAAAAAAUUAACACCAAACUACAGACUGUCGACAAUUAGCUAAGAUGAGAGUUGAUCCGUGUUCGUUCUGUGGACGGCCCUCCUACCCGUCCAAGGGUAUCACGUUUGUUCGUAACGAUGGCAAGUCGUUCCGAUUCUGCCGAUCAAAAUGCCACCGCAACUUCAAGAUGAAGCGUAACCCUCGCAAGCUCAAGUGGACAAAGGCACACCGCCGCAAUGCCGGAAAGGAAAUGGUGGUGGACAGCACACUGCUCUUUGGCCAGCGCCGCAACGAACCCAUCCGCUACGACCGCGACAUUGUCGAGAAGACGCUGUCGGCCAUGAAGCGUAUCAGCGAGAUCCGCUCCCGCCGCGAGCGUGUCUUCUACAAGAAGCGCAUGGCUGGCAAGCGCGAGAGAGACCUCGCCACGGCACGCAAGCUUGUUGCCGAGAACGAGCACCUGCUCCCCCGCAUGCGUGGCAGCGAGAAGAAGAGACUGGCGGAGAUGGGCGCCACCGAGGAGGAGAUCGAGGCCGAAGAGGAGACAAGAACAAACAAGAGCUCCGUCUUUGGAAAGGAGAGACGCCGUGUCAGAAUCCAAGUCGAUGGAGACGAGGAGGAGGUUGGCGACGACAUGGACAUGGACUAAAGCGGACGCCGUGGUGGUGGACUCGACGCAUACUUUGCAUGGUGUUUACUGUUUGUUGGAAGCAUUUCUUUUUUUGGUUGGGCCUUUUAGGCUGGAGCUGCUGCACGGAUAUAAAAAGAAACCGGCCCGUUUUGUGUUUUUUUCUCACCCUUUGCUACAUUGUUUGUUUUGCCUUGGCCUCGCGUUUUCACGACUCUUGUUUAGUUUUUCUUGUCGUUGCCGGGUGUAUAGAAGGGGCACGGAUCUUUACGAUGAUACAAAUACAAAAGUUUUAUCAAAGCCAUUAAUUUCUUG